CGCCGGAUCACCGCCGAAGAAGGAGGAGGUGGAUGUGGAGGAGGAGGAGGGCGUUGCUAUCUCCGGGAACCUCGUAAAUACUAUUGGUCUGCGGAGAGCGUGUUUCCGUACUUUGGAGCGAAAUUCUGGGCCAUGGAGACGGUUGAGCGGCUUCGCUCGUCCCUUCUCUGACACCGACCGAGGGUUUUCUUCUUUUCUUUUGGAAAAGCGUCGAGCUACAAGUUGCGGGGGGCGGCGGGAAUCGCAGAGGAGAGAGAGUGUUCGGAUGGCCGCGCACUACGUGUGCUGCGAGUCCAACUUCUUCAUCCACAUAUUGAUCGUGGUGUUGCUGGUGGUGUUUGCUGGAUGCAUGUCUGGCCUCACCCUGGGGCUUAUGUCCAUGAGUCUCGUCGAUCUUGAGGUUCUUGCCCAGUCCGGCACGCCUAAGGAUCGGAAGCACGCAGCCAAGAUACUGCCAGUUGUAAAAAAUCAACAUCUUCUGCUUUGCACGUUACUGAUAUGCAAUGCUGCUGCAAUGGAGGCCCUUCCUAUUUUUCUUGACGGUUUACUUUCAGCUUGGGGUGCUAUCCUGAUAUCAGUGACCUUGAUCCUUCUGUUUGGAGAGAUAAUUCCGCAAUCUAUUUGUUCUCGGUAUGGUUUGGCAAUUGGUGCAGCCGUGGCUCCAGCUGUGCGUGUUCUUGUUUGGAUCUGCUUUCCCAUUGCAUAUCCAAUCAGCAAGUUAUUAGACUUUCUACUUGGUCAUGGACAUGUAGCUCUCUUCCGCAGAGCAGAGCUUAAAACCCUUGUCGACUUUCAUGGAAAUGAGGCUGGAAAGGGGGGAGAAUUGACACAUGAUGAAACAACUAUUAUUGCUGGAGCACUUGAACUUUCUGAAAAGACUGCUCGUGAUGCCAUGUCUCCUAUAUCCGAUACAUUUUCCAUCGACAUCAAUGCGAAGCUCGAUCGGGAUUUGAUGAACUUGGUUUUGGAGAAAGGACACAGCAGAGUGCCGGUUUUCUAUGAGCAGCCUACGAACAUAAUAGGAUUGAUUCUGGUGAAGAAUUUGCUGACCAUUCACCCAGAAGAUGAAGUGCCAGUGAAAGAUGUUACCAUUCGGAAAAUUCCAAGGGUUCGAGAAACGAUGCCUCUAUACGAGAUAUUAAAUGAGUUUCAGAAAGGUCACAGCCAUAUGGCCGUUGUUGUGAGACAGCGUGAUCAGACAACAGAGCAGUCUACUGACAAGAGCCCGGUCGAUAGUACUGUGAAAGAUGUCAAGGUGGACAUUGAUGGUGAAAAAACUCCGCAAGAGAAGAAAUUGAAAAGCAAGAGAUCUCUGCAAAAGUGGAAGAGCUUCCCCAACUCAAAUGACUCGCUCAAGGGAAAUCCAAGGAGCAAAAAGUGGACAAAUUACAUGUAUGCAGAUAUCCUACAAAUAGAUGGAACUCCUCUUCCAAAGCUCGCCGAAGAAGACGAAGCAGUGGGCAUAAUAACCAUGGAAGAUGUCAUAGAAGAACUGCUACAGGAGGAGAUCUUUGAUGAGACAGAUCACCAAUUUGAAGAGUCAUAACAUCGGAUCCCAUGCAUAGCAACAUGCUGUGCAUCCUAGACAAUUUUCAUAUCAUUUCAAUGUAUGUGGUAUUACGUGUACUGGUGUAGGUAUACCAAAAGGACUAAGAAAAGCUACGAAUUUUUGAAUAUGUAUCAUAUCGAAGGGAGAGAGGAUUGUGGACUUGAAAAUAGUAUUGCGUGAGUUGUAUAUCAAUUGCAGGGAAGUGGGCAAGACAAUUGGUAUAA